GUUCCGGCACUCAGACGGUAUCCUCCUUGAUCUGACAAGAAAGUUGUCCUUCAGCCUGCAACACGCUGCUGUGACUCGGUUCUCCCUUUGCGCCGGUGGCUACCGAGAAGGCCGAUGGAAGAUCCCGACAACCGGAGCGAGGUGGUCCUUCUGGCUUGCGGCUCUUUCAACCCGAUCACCAACAUGCACCUCCGGCUCUUCGAACUGGGGAGGGACUGCCUGAACGACACUGGGAAAUAUAAAGUGGUCAAAGGGAUCCUUUCGCCCGUGGGGGAUGCCUAUCAGAAGAAAGGCCUGAUCAGUGCCAGGCACCGGGUGACCAUGGCGCAGCUGGCCACGGAAAGCUCUGAUUGGGUGGGAGUGGAUGACUGGGAGAGCAGCCAGAAUGAAUGGCAGGAGACCGUCAAAGUGCUCAGGUACCAUCGACAGAAGUUGAACCAGUCGUAUUCCACGAACAACUUUGAUGAAGUAGCUUCUUUGAGCAAGCCAGCCCGAAAGCGGAAACGGGAGGCAGGUGGCCGUCUUCCUGUCCGAAGGAAUCAACCGAGUCCGGAAACUAAAGGCGUUCCCCAGCUGAAGCUGCUCUGCGGCACAGACAUCUUGGAGUCGUUUGCAGUCCCCAACCUCUGGAAGCCGGAGGACAUUUUGGAAAUCCUGACCGACUACGGCAUGGUGUGCAUCACCCGGCCCGGGACCCAGGCCCGGAAGUUCAUCUACGAAUCCGACGUCCUCUGGAACCACAAGGAGAACAUUCACCUGGUGGAGCAGUGGGUCGCCGACGACACCUCGGCCACCAAAAUCCGGAGGGCGCUGAGGAGGCAGCAGAGCAUCCGAUACCUGGUGCCCGACAGCGUCCUCGCUUACAUCGAGAAGCACAAAUUGUACACCGCAGAGAGCGAAGACCAGAACAGCGGGGUCAUCCUUGCGCCUUUGCAGCGGUACACUAAGGAAAGCAACAGAAGGAACUGGGGAGGGCGAUUUGUGUGCUCAACUGUUGGUCUUCUCCCUCCCGUGUGCUGCCUGUUUGCCAUCAUGCCUGUGGAUUUUAGUGGCACCUGGAACUUUGUUUCUAGCGACAAUUUUGAAGGCUAUAUGUUGGCCUUAGGUAUUGAUUUCGCAACCCGCAAGAUAGCAAAAUUGCUGAAGCCCAAGAAGGUUAUUGAACAGGACGGGGACUCCUUCUCUAUCCACACGACAAGCACUUUCCGGAACUACUCUGUCCAGUUCAAAAUCGGGGAGGAGUUUGAGGAAGACAACAAAGGCCUGGACAACCGGAAAUGCAAGAGUGUGGUUACCUGGGACGGUGACAAGCUUGUUUGUGUCCAGACGGGAGAGAAGAAAAACAGAGGCUGGAGUCACUGGAUUGAAGGAGAUGAACUCUAUUUGGAACUCCGGUGUGAAGACCAAGUAAGCCAGCAGGUUUUCAAGAGAGCAUGAAGCAAACCCCAGAGGCCACCACAUGGCAGGCAACUAUACAACUCUGUGGAAGAGUUAAUGCGUAGGCUUCGAAUUCAGAAGCAUUGAUCAAGAUGGCAGCUUUACAAGUCAAAUGUUUUGUCGGUUGUAUUUUCCUGAGGAUCUUCAGAUCAAACACUGUAACUGUUACCAGCAUACAUUAAAGAUAACUUCUAGCAAUGCAA